CGGCAAUAAUAGCUCAGGGGAUAGGUGGAGGAUAUUGAUCUUUUCACAGAUUAUCUGUGUCGUAUUAAAUUAUCACAACAUGGCGACAGUUUUAACUCAUAAAAAAAUAUUUAUUUUUGUAAAAGCUACAUACUGCAGCUUUAAAAUCAGUUGCUGAUUGGUUGUUUCGGUUAUCAUCUCUGGACAUAAACACUGUAGGAUAUUCUAUCUUUAGGGAGUCUGGGCUUCAUUUAGCCUUUUAACGUCAUAAUUCCAGGAAGCUCAGAAGAGAUUGGCCUCAACAAACCACUAUGGUUCCUGGAAAAGGUUCCUGAGGUGGGAACAUCGUAGAAGAGCUUAUGCUCCUCUAUGCAGAGAUGGAGGCAGGUGGAUCAUGUGGUGUGGUGGAGUUUGUCAGACUGACGGUAAAUGUGGAAGCUUGUUGUGGGUAAUUGGCUGAGUGGAGGCACUUCAGGCUUGACGGCUGUUAACUUCCUCAAAGCAGAUUCCUCAGAUGACAUCGGGUUAAAUCUGUACCUACACCAUCUCUGCUUCCGUCUCCUCUUCAAAAGGCUUUUCCUCUCUCAAACCAGAGCUUGGUAUCUCUAUGGCAUAACCUAUUGCAUGUCGGUGCUCAGGCAUCUUCACAGUAGCCAAUGUUUGAUUUCAUAGAAUUACUGUCCCCGUCCUCGUAUCCUAGGAAACCCUAUAAAACAUUAUUAUUCCAGUUCAGAGGACUCAAAGUCCUAGUGUCUUCAGGUCAGAUCAUGCAACUUCUGUUCUGAUGAUUAAAACAUUAGAACCUUGUCCAAGACUUUGCCCUUUACCAGUUCAACAGUCAUCCACUUAUUGUAAAUACACAAUCAAAAGCUCAUCUGCGUUGAAUCAAACUGACUGUGAAAAAGCUCCCAUCUUUUAGAGGAAAUGGUCUAUGUUGGUGUCAGGUGGUUUUUAAUGAAGUGGUUUAUAUGCUCAGUUCAUCCCAGAGGAAACCAACAAUGGUUUCUAAUUUAUUCAUUUACUUUAGAAACCCCACAGAGACUGGAGAACUUCAACUUUUCUAAAACAUACAAAAUCAUUUUGACUGAUUAAAAAGUAAAAAGUUCCUCUUUUCUGCUCCACACUAGUCUGUUUUGCAGAAGAGUCUGGUUGGGUAACAAAGAUGUUUACAAAGCACAGAUAUUGUAAAAAAUAACUUUGCAAAUUGUGGUAUUUGAGAGGACAUACAAAGUAAAUGUCAGGCAUGUAAACUGCUGCUGCUCAUCUGAUGCGGUGAGAUGCCAUGCCACAAAGCAAACAGGAAGUGAGAAGUUUCUCUUCUGAUACAAGCCAAAAACCCAAUAGGACUGCGGGCUAAAGGCUAGCAGCCGCUAACUUAUCUCAACCAAUCAGAACACAGCAGGUGUUUGCUGAGGGAAAGCGUCAGACACUUCAACAGGAUCUGAACUGUAGCAGAGUAACGGCUUCUCCAGGUAGAUUUUUCAGUUUUCUGAGCAGAAGUGAUGCAAAUGCUGAGCAAACAUCCAAUGGGCCGUUUCUAAAACCCGGAUGAAGUACCCGGUUCUGAAGGGGGCUCAGGAAGAACAAACGGACCUAAACAUGUCUGCACCAGGGUCUGUGACCACAGCAGUCAGCAACGCCUCAGUUUCCAACCAGAACAUGACCAAUCCAGCCCGUGAGAGAUCAACCGAUCUCAUCUUCAUCCUAGUCUACAGUGUCCUCUUUCUGGUGGGCUUGGUACUCAACAGCUUCACCUUGUGGUUUCACUGCUGCCAACCUCAAAGAAACGCCUCUAAAAGCUUGAUGAUCUACCUGAAGAACUUGACAGCAGCCGACUUCCUUCUCUGCCUCAGCCUGCCACUUCGCAUCAUCCACUACGCAACCAAACCUGCCACCAUCCACCUGCUCUACUGCAGCUUUGGAGCCUCCAUACUGUUCCUCAACAUGUACGCCAGCAUCCUGUUCAUGGGCUACAUCGCUUUGAACAGGUAUUUUAAGGUGGUCCGGCCUUUUGGAGCCUUCUUCCUGCUGACUAAACGAGCUGCAUACAUCACCUCCAUGACCACAUGGGUCUUUCUCCUGACUCCGAUGACAGCGUACUCCACUGUGCUGCUAAAAACCCUGAAAUCUAACGGGUCUGAAGACAUCUGUGAGGACCUCCAGAGUGAUUCCGUCAAGCUGAUCUAUAGAACUCUUCACAUCGGUGCUUCUGCCAUCUUUCUGUUGGUCUUCUUCUCAAUGCUUUUCAGUUACUACAGUGCCUCUCGCAGGGUGUUGCAGGCUCAGCAGAGACAGUCCACCUCCUUCAGCUCCAAGAAGCUUCAGAAGUCUAGGAGGAAAAUGUUGGUUCUCAUCUGCAUCUUCUGCAUUUGCUUCAUUCCUUACCACCUGAUCCGACUCCUGUAUACGUUUCUGCAGCAGCUGGGCUCCUCGGACCGGGUGUUUUACUACCUCAUGGAGUUCACCACCAUUGUUUCAGUUCUUAAUGUCUGCCUGGAUCCGCUUGUUUACUUCGUCUUCUGCAAGGAUUUUCGGGUUCAUCUGAGGCUGAGCCUCAGGAGAGUCAGAAUGGAGAAUGAGGCCAGGAGGAGCAACGAGGAGCAGCUGAGGAGCAUUAACCUUAGCCAUAACGGGACCCUCAGCACAUCAUCACGGUCAACUGGUGAGGUUUAGCGUGUUAAAGAUCAGAGGGUUCAGACUCAGAAAACUGAUGGAAAACUCAUUAAACUGUGCAAUUUGUAGUCCUGAAAAUGACCAAAACUGAAGCUUAUUAUGUUUUUGUUUAUAUGUAACAUUGUUUUUCUUAGUUUGUUUUCAACCUUGUAAUUAAAGGAAUUAGAAUCUUCCUGUUCACUUUUCAGCUGUCUUUAGCUGAUCUUUAGUCCAGUCUUCAGUUUUUCUUUUCCUCCUUCACUUCCUUGGAGUCUUCCUUCUCCGAGACCAAACCUACAGCUUUCAGUAGCCUGAGGAUGCAUUCAGACAGGAAUGCAUCUACAGGAAGCAGCUGACUGUCUUUAAGGAGGAAUCUCAGGCCCACUUGUUAAAAAAAACUAUCCCAGGUUGAUGAAAACUGCAAAGCAGACCGUACCAAGAUUUAUAUU